AUGAAUAAAUCAAGAUUUUCUAUGUUGUUGUUGGAGCCAGGAGAGAUCUAUUUCGAAGAUUAUUCGUGUUCAAUGUACAAUGAAGAGGUUUUAAAAAAUAAAAAUAUCCCUGUAAUACAGGGUCGUUUGAAGCUCUGCUCAAAAUCUCUUGUUUUUGAACCAAGAGACUUGUCCUCACCCCUUAUUAAGAUACACUUUAAAGAAUGUAUAGAGAUCUUGCAUGUAAAUGACUGUGAUAUAAAAAAUGUGAUAAAAUUUGGGAUGAAGCAGUAUUGUGAAAUGUUGGAGGAAAAUGUUUUAGCACCUUAUAAGUUUGUAUAUGUAAGCAAAGACUUCUAUUUUGCUCUUGAUUUUGUGUCUGUUGAUGAAUGUUUAAAUCAAAUGCAUCAGUUGCACAGAGCUUCAACAUUACAUGCACCUGAACACAAUAGCAUGAUAGCUACAAUAUUACACUCAAGAUAUAUGAGAAUGGUGUUUGAUCCAGUAAUGAUGGAAGAUUAUACUGAAAAAAUUCUAUGUGAAUAUCAGGUUGAAAAGAUAUCUCCCCUAGUUCGACAUCAGGGGCGGUUAGCAUUAACUCCAACUACUUUAUACUUUCAGCCUUUUAGUAAUAUAGAUUGUAUUCCCAUUUUAAAAGUAAGUCUUGGACAUAUUAAAAGGAUGUACAAAAGAAGAUUUUUGCUGAGGCAAGUUGGCUUAGAAAUAUAUUGCUCUGAUGAUAGUGCAGUAUCUCAUAUUUAUCUAUCAUUCCAAAGUACUAAGGAAAGGGAUAAAUUAUAUAAUACUCUUGAAACAUUACCAAAUGUUAGUCUGGAGAGAGUCCACAUUGAAGAGAUGACAUUGCAAUGGCAGAAUGGAAUUGUUUCAAAUUAUGAUUACCUGGCCUAUCUCAAUUGUCUUGCAGAUAGAAGUAAAAAUGAUCUCACACAAUACCCAGUGUUUCCUUGGGUGGUUGCCGACUACAUAUCUGAAAGUUUGAAUAUGAAUGAUAUGGAGACUUUUAGAGAUUUAUCUAAACCAAUGGGAGCUCUCAACCCUGACCGUUUAGAGAAGUUACUGGAGAGAUAUAAUGAAAUGUGCGACCCAAAGUUUAUGUUCGGUUCUCAUUAUUCUGCACCAGGCCUUGUUCUAUUUUAUUUAGUAAGAAAAUAUCCACAGUACAUGUUGUGUCUACAAAAUGGACGAUUCGAUCAUCCCGAUAGAAUGUUCAACUCGGUGAAGGAUGUCUAUAAUAAUUGUUUAAGAAAUAUGUCGGAUUUUAAAGAAUUGGUCCCCGAAUUUUAUGAUACGAGUACAAAAGGUGAUUUUCUAGUGAAUAUGUAUGAUAUCGACUUCGGCGAAAGGCACGAUGGUACCAAGGUUGAUAGUGUCGGCCUGCCUCCUUGGGCGAUGUCCCCUGAAGACUUUGUAAAUAAAUUGAGGCUUGCAUUAGAGUCAGAAUAUGUUUCACGGCAUUUGCAUUUAUGGAUUGAUCUCAUUUUUGGUUAUAAGCAAAGCGGUGAAGAGGCAGUUAAGGCAUAUAAUGUAUUCCACCACGUCUGCUACGAAGGGUCAGUAGAUCUCGAAAGUAUAUACGAUAUGAAUGAUAGACACGCUCUCGAAGUACAAAUUAUGGAAUUUGGUCAAGUUCCCAAACAACUAUUCACAAGGCCACACGUUCGGAAGAUUUUAACUAUACCCAGCCCCCUCAAAUCAGUUUACGAAUACAAAAUCGAAUGCAACGAUGAAAUAAAACUCCAUAAAGGGGGGGUUACUUGUGUUUUAAGGGAUGCGGGGAGGAUAGUGUCGGUGGGCAAGGAUGGAGUUUUGAAGGUGUAUGAUGUGGGGUUGAGGAAGCAAAUAAGAAGUGUCAUUUUUAGUACGACCCCGCUGAGUUCUUGUGUGAUGGUUGAUCGGAAUAUUGUGGCUGUUGGCGCUUGGGAUAAUGAAAUAUAUCUUUAUGACGUGGAAUAUGGAAGGAUUAUAGAAAGUUUUCGUGCUCACGAUGAUUCCGUCAGUUGCCUACAGUGGUUGGAAAAAGAGCGUUACCUAGUGUCGGGGGGUUGGGAUUGCGUGGUCCGUGUUUGGGCAAACGUGGGCAAGGUUGGCCAAGCGUUGAAAGGGUUAAAAGCUGAAUUCGACCAUGACGGGAAGAUCACUACAUUGGGUUAUAGACAUCGCAAAUUUGAACUCGACAUACUAGCUGGUACAACAGAUGGUGAGGUCUAUAUAUGGGAAUUUCGUUCUAAGGACCUCCUACACAAGGUCAAAAUACACUCACAAGCUCUGUACGGGGUGUGUUUUCUGUCUGAAGACCGAGUUGUCACUGCCGGGGAGGAUGGCGACUUGAUUGUGACGGACCUCAAUGUAUUGCACUCGGUAUUUGAAAAGAGAGUAUGCAGUGGUAUACAUUCGCUUUGCUGCGAUGGUGGUAAUAUUGUCUGGCUCGGAGCUGACUCAAGAUUACUCCAGUGGAACAUGGAUACUGUCACGUGUCUCCAGGAUCAUCCAGCUCAUGAUGGCAUAAUAAGCAGUAUUUACUUCGAUAUAAAAACUCAAACUUUAAUAACAGCAAGUGCAGAUAAAUCGGUAAAAAUUUGGGAAUUAACAAAAACUUCUUGA